UGUGUGACUGGUUGUGUUGUGUGUUGUGUCUGAUGGGUAUCGAUGGUGUUGGUACAGUUGGGUGGUCAUGGUUGAAUGUAUGCGUGCUGUGUUUCUGGGUUUUUUUCUGGAAGAAACUUGAACUGCUUAUAUAGCUCCCCACGAUCCGGCUGGACUGCGCCGAGUCGGAUCUGCAUACAUGCGCGGAUCAAAGCACCAACCCACUUCCCUGCUCCAGAUCAUGUACCAAGAUUGCCGACAGAGAUCCUCCAACAUAACCGUGUGGCUCCAAGCCUGUUACAUAUCUGAUAGUCUAGUGGCUGCUCGGUCUGGCUGGAUGACGCUGUCCCCAGGGGUUGACCGUCAAUCUCAAAGAGUCCCCCCCCGUGUAAUGACUAAGGAUGUACGCGAUAAGGAUUCCUAUUACCGGAGAACAAAGAGUGUCGGUAGACGAGCUAAAUUGACAACGAAAGAGUGUUAUUUCUAA